AACAAUCAAGAGAAGAGAAUCUCUGUUACCUUCCCAUUCCUCCUCUGGAGCUAGAAUCUCUGUUACCUUCUCAUUCCUCCUCUGGAGCUACUGAAAACAGCAACAACAACAACCACCAACUGACUGAGACUUUUCACAUAUCAGAACUAGACAGUUCACAUUCUCACUCUUCAAAACACGACAUUUAACCCCCUCCACCCUGUGGCCAUGGGAGAAGACUCAUCGCACGCCGAGCGCCUCAGCAACAGCAGCAGCAAUUUGGUCAACCCCCAGCAGUACCAUGCACAGCAAGACAACAUGGACCUCCUGGUGCCCAGCUUCAGCCCCAGCUCGGCUCCCUCCUCCCCCACUGACACCCUCUCCAAGUUGGGCUUGAAAACCCCCGGGAGCCCCGGAAGUCCCACCAGUCCCAUGCCCAGGGAUCAGGUGAGUGCCAUCACAGUGGUGGCUCUACUCGACAAGCUGGUCAACAUGCUGGAGGCGGUGCAGGAGAACCAGCUGCGCAUGGAGCAGCGCCAGGCUGACCUGGAGGGCGCCGUGCAGGGGGUCCAGGGCGACGUGACUCGCCUGUCCAAGAACCACACCAGCACGUCCAACAGUGUGAGCAAGCUGCUGGAGCGCUCGCACAAGGUCAACACCAACAUGAAGGAGGUGCGGGAGCGUCUGGACAAGCAGGCGUCGCAGGUGAAGCGGCUGGAGGCCAACCAUGGACACCUGCUCAAGAGGAACCAUUUCAAAGUACUCAUUUUCCAGGAAGACAACGAGAUCCCCUCCAGCAUGUUCAUCAAGGACUCCCCCAAGACCCGCCAGGCCAGCCAGCUUGAGGACGACGCCCCUGCGGCACCUGCCCUGUCUGUUACCGGCAUAGAUGCCAACCGCUCUCAGGAGGAGGGUCUCCAUAACAUCAGCCUGUACUCCUCCGACAAUGACACCGGGGGUCUCCACGAGGACGACGAAGCCCUGGAGGGAGAGGCAGAGCUGGGCCUAGAAGCAGCCCUGCCCUCCUUCGAGAGAUCCAGAGCCGACCGGCUGAAGCGCUCCAGCCUGAAGAAGGUGGACAGCCUGAAGAAGGCCUUCUCGCGCCAAAGCAUCGAGAAGAAGAUGACCAGGAUCAGCACAAAGAUCGUGCCACCCGCGAGCCGUGAGAAGAUCAAGAAAAGCUUUACACCAAACCACCCUAAGAGUCCCGCCGCCAAGAGCUCUUCUUUCAAGGUGUCGCCCAUGACGUUCAAUGUGAAGAAGUUGCGAGGUGAAGGGGAGGCCUCGACACAGCCCGGAGGCUCGCCUAGCGGGCAAGCCCACGUGGAGAUCCCUCCCUUGGGUAGCAUGGAUGGGGAUCUGCCCCUGGUCGAGGUGUACUCGCAGGAAGGGCUGGGUGUGGAGGGGGGAGAGGAGCUAGCUAGUCCUUCUACCCCUGGGAGCGUGCAGGCCAAUUUGACCAUCAAUGGAGAAGCGGGGAGCCUUGAGUGUGAUCUGACCAUCGAUCGUCAACCGGGGCUUGCUCUCCCGGAGCAUGAUGACGAUAUGGGGGAGGAGGAAGAGGUUUAUGAUGAGGUAGAGGAGCAGGAAAGCCUGGUGGAGGUAAAGGACCCCAUACCUGCUGUAGAGCAAGCUUCAUAAUCUCAUCCCUCUCAUCUUUUGCUCCUGCACAUUCCCUGGGUAUUUUAUGUUAACAUGCCAAAACUGUAGUCAUCCCUCCAUCUUUCCAGCCUACCAAUUUCUAAAAAAUCUCAAGCCCCAGUGCUAACGAUAUGGAGCCCCUAAGCAUUCCUGGCCCUCCAAUGCCUCCAGCCCUGCAUGUACGAUUGAUCCAGGAGAUCCAUGGACAUGUCCCAGAUCACCAAGCUUCCAUUUCAGAGAUCCUGAUUUAUCAAGAGUGAUCAAGAUAUCCUGAAUCAGUUGCUCCUGCCUGGUCUGUAUAGCUACCUACCCUUCUUUGGGGCUACCUUAGGAAAAGAACCAGCAAGCCAAGGGACUAUAACUCACCUUCCCAAAUGGAACCUAGGCUUCUGAACAGCACAUCUCCAGGAUGCUGAGCCAAUUCACUCUCUCUGUUUAUCUGUCUUUGCAUGGGCCUCUCAGUCUGACGGAUAGUCUCUUUGUUCUCCUGCCUCGCUUGAAUGCCGGUAAAUCCUUGGCAAAGAGGGUAAAGCCCACAGCUUGGGAAGGGUAGCCCAUUGCCAGGUUGUCUGGGCAUUGGUAUGGGGCGGGGCGGUAGCUAUGUUUCUAAAGCAAGGUCGGUGUAAGGCUGAGGUUUGUGACAUAUGCAUUUGACCUAGAUCUGGAUGUAACCAUAUAACCCGAGUGCAGGGUAAAAAUGGAGCCAUAGCAUUAAGGCAAUUUCAUGCCAUCCCUACUUUAGUUCAUUUAUUUGCCAUAAUAUAUAUACUCAUCAGACCUCUCAUGACAAAAACAGCUUGAAAAACACAGCUUGAACGUGGUAAGUGGUUAAGGGAGGGUAAGUUGAUAUUUCUGUAUUAGGGUAAGGUCUACUGGGAGCACUAUUGAGACAGAGGAUGACUCGGGACCUUAAGGCUCUACAAACUGGGACUUUCCUAAACACCCUAUAUCAGGGCAAUCAUAAUCUUACGUUUAUGUAUAUAUUUGAUUAUAGGGAGUUAAAUAUCAGUAGGCAUAACGACUUAUAUAAAAUCAUAUUUGAGUACUGUCACCUGACUUUCAUAAAUAUACUGUAAAAAUUGUAAUGUUGGAGUUGAUUACGUGUGCAUUCGGUGCACCUAAAGUUAGCAUAGCACUCACAUAAACAAUGUUGACACAUUCCUAUAUGGUUGAAACACACAUGCACACAAACACUAGAUUAACUAGCACACAUUUACAGAGGCACCCACAAAGACAAUUACACGCACACUCAUACACGCACGGAAUUCUUCAAACUUACACAGGCUGUUGUGGGUAAUUGCCAUGCUGGAGUGAGGAAUUCCUGUUUUGGAAGCCCUGUUGAAAAAAACAGCAUAGACCAGCAUAGGCUGGUGACCAGCCUUCAUUGUUUGGACACUGGUCACCAGCAUUCCAGCAUAUGGUGGCCACCCGCAAAACCCGCAUCAAGUUACGUUAUGCUGGCUUUGCAAAGUGAUGUCUAAUUCCUAAUGGAAUCCAGCCUGAACGGGGAUAUCCAACAAUUUGAAUGAACAAAUAAAAAAUGAUAAUAUAGGUGAAAUAUUUACUACACAACAAACAUAAGAUAAAAAACUAAAGAAUGGCACAAAAUAAACCAAUGGCUGUGCUGUGUAGGCAGUUCAGGAGGAGAGUCAAAGGCUUUUUCUAAAAAUGAUUUUUGAUUAGGCCUAAUCCAAAAAUGCACUCCUGCGUGUGGACUAUCCUAAAGCUUUUGUUCUGUUCAGUUCAGUUUGAGAAGGAGAGCUCAAAGAUGACGAGGACCAGAGGUCAACUUUGAUUGCUUGCUACUACUAUAAUUUAUUUUAUUAAAAACAAUGUUACUUUUCCAUUCUGAAAGCGUAUUGAGAUAUUGGCCUCACAAUCAGCCAGAUUCGAUUGUGGUGACAACUUGAAACAGCAGCCGUGGCACAAUCAAUUGGAAAUUGACAGCUAAUGGUGCUGAAAGUAGGCAAAUUUGAGUAGGCAUAAUUAAUUUGACUUUACUAACAACAAGAGGGCUUUGUGUUGGAGCCUAUUUAUUCUGUUCAUUUAUACCUGUUUGGCAGAUUAAAUUAGGCAAUAGGCUGCUAUAUGGAUAUAUUGAGGGUAUGCCAUAGCCCUACUUUUUAUGAAAGAAAAUGGCAAAAAGCACAAGCUUACCUCUUGUUAGUUUAAUAUUUUAAAACUGAUCCGAUUAUUAUAACAUGAUAUAUUAGAGCGCUUUGGUCCUUGAUGCUUUACAAUAUGCAUUGUUUCGUGUCUUUGACAUUCAGAGGCUGAGACACAACCUUCUAUAGCCAAGGACCCAAAAAAUAUACUUUGCUUGGGAAGUAAUUCUAAUUCUCUCUAUCAAUUGAUUAGGCGAUUCACUUUCUGUACAAUAAAUGUUUAAACCCAGACAACUUUUAGGGAAACCGUUGUGACCAUCUCUCGUUGGGUUAAGCCACAGAAAAGGGCUAUUUUUUUCUCAGACCUGCAAAUACGAUGAUAGAUUCAUGCAAUGCUUUUACUAUAAAGGAGAUCUUUCCCCCCCUACUCUCUUCCACGGUGGUCUAUGAACCCACAACCUUCUGGCCAGCAGCCCUGUGGGCUAUCAAAAUUCCUGCAUUGCCAUGUAAUGCUUUUUCUAGAAGGCUCUGCCAUGUAAACUGUUUCUAGAAGGCUCUGGUCUGUCCAAGAUGUGAGGAUAAAUGGUAUAGACAUGUUCUCCGCUAUCCGCUUUGUUUAAAUUAUUAUUAUUAUUUGGGGUAUAAGGGAGAUUCACUUUUUUUUCAAGCAUUCAGGGAGGGUUUAAUUGAAAUGUAACUGAUGAACUGUCCAUAUUCAUUUCAGAAAGAUCCCAUUUUCUCAAUGUAACCCUUACUACAAAAUAAUGUUCACCACCUAAACUGGAACAGUUUCAGUAACGGGUGAAAUAAGUUCAACUAAGAUAUUGGGUUAGUAUGUAUGUUAUGUAUCUUUGUGUAGCAUAAGAUAAAUUAAUUGAUUAAUUAAAACAAUCAAUGUACAUGCAAAAACACAGAUAUUGAAACAAUCUAUUCUAGAAAAUCAAACUGCAAUAUAGCAUGCUGGGAAAUAUGAUAAUGAUGACCGUAGUUUAGCAGACCAGCUUGUCCAGCUAGACCAUGCUGGACCAGCAUACACUCCCAAGAAGAAGAAAAAGGUUAUUUACCAGGGCUUAGGGUAAUUUUAUUUUUCAUAUUAAGAAUUCCCACUCCACAGUGUUUUCCUUCUAUGCCAUGAAAUGCUACACUGUUGCAAAGUUAUUUUAAUUGCAUGGUACAUUAUAGGCUACUGAUGGCAGUGAAAGGAAGGUAAACAACAAGUUACUGAAUUUCUACAGCUGAAUGAAGGUGUUAAUGCUGUAAAAGGACAGUAUGCUGCUGAAUGCUGGCUACCUAAGACUAUACCUCACUUGGGAUUUGAACUCAAACUCUUUGUUGCUAAUGACCUGAACUUCCUGCCACACCACCAGCUCUAUGUGCAUGACAGAGCUUGGCCACAGAUUUAAAUGGCAAGAACACAGUUCUGUACACUGCUAGAAGCUGCCCAGAAUCAAGUCAAUAAUUUCAUAAUUAUCUGACAACACCAAUGUGAAAAUGUCAGUACUCAGGGACACUUGAUGUAAUGUGUCCAUAAAUGCUUUGGGGAUUUGAGUGUGCCACCAGGUACAUCUUUGGUACCAAGAACAUGUACAUUCAGAAAGUAUUCACACCCCUUGACCUUUUCUCCAUUUUGUACAGCCUGAAUUUUAAAUGGAUUACAUUGUGAUUUCUUUUGUGACUGGCCUAACACAAUGCACCAUAAUGUCAAAGUGGAAUUAUGUUUUUAAGUUUUUUUACAAAUUCAUUACAAAUUAAAAGCUGAAAUGUUUUAAGUCAAUAAGUAAAUCAACCCCUUUGUUAUGGCAAGCCAAAAUAAGUUUGGGAGUAAAGAUUUGCUUAACAAGUCACAUAAUAAGAUCCAUGGACUCACUCUGUGUGCAUUGUGUUUAACGUGAUUUUUAACGUGAUCUCUGAAACAUACCAGUGAUCUGGGGUGGCAGGUAGCCUAGUGGUUAGAGCAUUGGAUUCGUAACAGAAAGGUUGCCAGAUCAAAUCCCCAAGCUGACAAGGUAAAAAUCUGUCGUUCUUCUCCUGAGCAAGGCAGAAGGCCGUCAUUGAAAAUUAGAAUUUGUUCUUAACUGACUUGCCAAGUAAAAUAUAUUUGGGGGCAUGGUCUAAUAUGUGUUUUUGUGCCAACCAUCAGUGGAAGUGUUUUACCAGUUUAAGUGGUUGAUGGUUUUAACACUGUCACACCUAGGGCUGUUAUGAUGACCAUAUUACCGCCACACUGUCACUCAGUCAUGACCGGAUUAAAACUCCAUGUCACCGAGUCACGGUAAUCUCUUAUGGUAGAACCCAACUUGCUAAUGACCAUCAGGUCACUAAUGGCCUGUUACUAUUGUCCCGCUAACCACUCUGACAUCAAUUCAAAUCCAAUCGAAAAUCACAUCAAACACUGAUCAUCAAAACAUUAUCAUGCAUUUAGAACUCACCUCACUGUGAUUAAUCAGUCUGAAGAAAGAAGUUCAACAGGUUUAAACCUAAUGGAAAACAUGGUCAUUGUGGAUGUUGUUUCAAAGCCUAAAAACGAAAUGGACAGCACUUUCUAAGGUGAUGAUUAAUUCAAAACAUCCAUAUGCAUAUUAGAGUUUAUGCAAAGGCUUGGCCUAAAUAUGAGCUCAAGCCCGAAAAAAAACCCUGAGUUAAAAUAAUGAUUGUGCCAUUAUAGAAUACAUAGCCUACCGAAAAUUAAGCAUGGCAGAAAUACAUAAAUAUGUACAUAAUUGGUCUAGCCGAUACCCCAAAAUUAAACAUAUUCUAGUAAUUGCUUUUGGAGUGUGGACUGUAUUAAUAUGCAUACUGGAUGAACUUGUUAUCUCAUGCUACGCUCCAAACUUUCUAUACAUGAGUUGGGGAGAGAACACUGAUACUGUUGGUUCAUUGAUAGUGCAGGGUGGCUUACAGAGUUACAGUGUCUCCAAAAAAUAUUCACACCCCUUGAUUUUUUCCCCCAAUUUUUUUUUGUCUGAAUUUAAAAUAGAGUCAAAUGAGAUUUGUUUUGGUACUGGCCUACAGACAAUACUCCAUACUGUCAAGGUGGAAUUAUGUUUCGACAUUUUUACAAAUUAAUAAAAAAUGUAAAGCUGAAAUGUCUUGAGUCAAUAAGCAUUCAACCCCUUUGUUAUGGCAAUCCUAAAUACGUUCAGGAGUAAAAAUUUGCUUCAGUAACAUAAGUUUCAUGGACUGACUCUGUGUGCAAUACUAGUGUUUAAGAUGGUUUUUGAAUUACUACCUCAUCUCUAUACCCCACACAUACAGAUAAUUGUAAGGUCCCUCAGUCCAGCAGUGAAUUUCAAACAGAUUCAGCCACAAAGACCAAGGUUUUCCUUACCAGGAAGACAGUGAAUAUUUUGAGUGGCCGAGUUAGUUUUGACUUAAAUCUGCUUGAAAAUAUAUGGGAAGACCGGAAAAUGGUUGCCUAGCAAUGAUCAACAACCAAUUUGAAAAUAAUAAUUGGCCAAAUGUUGCACAUGAGACAUACCCAGAAAGACUCACAACUGUAAUCGCUGAUUCUAACAUGCAUUGCCUCAGGGUUGAAGACUUGUUUAAUCGAGAUACUGUAUAUAUAUAUAUAUAUAUAUAUAUAUAUAUAUAUAUAUAUAUAUAAAUGUUUAUAUAAAAAAUGUUUUUUUAUAUUUCUAAUGUUGACAUUAGAGUAUUUUGUGAAGAUCGUUGGCAAUUUUUUUUUACAAUUAAGUCCUUCUGAAUCCCACUUUGUAACUAAAUGUGGAGAAAGUCAAGGGGUGUGAAUACUUUCUGCAGGCACAAUAGCCAAUAAUUUGGGACAUUUUGAAACAAAUUUUCUUCAUGUCAUAAUGUUUCUUCAGAGCUGUCUAAAAUACAAUAGAUUUAUUGUGAUGGUGCAUAUUAAAAUAAUUUAUUAGACUUUAAAUGUAGAUGUUCCAAAGGCGAGCAUCAGCAACUUGUAUGAGUGGAGGCCUGGAGAUGCUAAACAUGUUUGUUACUUAACCGUCAAUUACUGUCAGACUGGCAGUCUUUCGCAUGACAAUAACCGGCUGACAAAAUUUCAUGACCACUACAACCAUAGUCACAUGAACAGAUCCAGUAUUUUAGCAGGAAAUUCAGGUUGCUGGCAACUGAGAGGUUGUGAGUUCAAAUCCCAAGUGAGGUUGACACCAAAGUAAUCAUAAUUUUUUUACUGGUUGGCAAAACCACGCCCAUCAGUAUCAUAUUUCCCAGCAUUGCAGUUAGGUUUGAAGAAUAGUUGUUUUCAAUAUCUGUGAUGCAUGUACAUUGAUUGGUUAAGGAAUUUAUGAUUUAAUUUUUUUGCUUUUUAAUGUUUUGCUACACAAAGAUAAAUAACUAAAUUAAUCCAAUCUUUUAGUUGGACUUAUUGCACCCGUGACUGAAAUGGUUGUUCGAGUUUAGUCUAAUUUUGUUUAUCUUUCUGACACUGGCAGUCAUUCUGAAUCCACUCUGGAUGGAUUCCAAUAGGAAUUAAACAUCACUUUGCAAGCCAGCAUAAUGUAACUUCUUGCUGGUCACCAGAGCCUGCAGGUAGGGAGGGGAAGUUCCUCAUUGUUCAGUAGAUGAGCACCAUGGUUUUGUAGUGGAUGUGAGCUUCAACUGGAAGCUAGUGGAGUGUGCGGAGGAGCGGGUGACAUGAGGGAACUUGGGAAUGUUUAAAACCAUGCGGGCUGCAGCAAUUCUGAAUAAGUUGAUAGCACAAGUGGGGAGCCCAGCAAACAGCGAGUUGCAGCAGUCCAGACGGGAAAGGACAAGAGCCUGGAUUAGGACCUGCACUGCUUCCUGUGUGAGGUAUGAAUGUUGUAGAGCAUGAACCUGCAGGAGCGGGUCACUGCUUUGAUGUUUGCAGAGAACAACAGGGUUAUGCCAAGGUUCUUUGCACUCUGAGAGGGUUACACUGUGGCGUUGUCAACCGUGAUGGAGAGGUCUUUAAGCAGGCAGGCCUUUUCUGGGAGGAAGAGCAGUUCUGUCUUGACGAGUUAGAGCUUGAGGUGGUGGGCCGACAUCGAAGUUGAGAUGUUUGGUUAUGGAUUUAACAAUGGUGGAAACUCCCUCCAGCUAAUGCCAACACCAAUUUAAUUAUUCGAAAUCUAUGCCUGGGAGAUUGGAAAGGCACACUUCUGGAGAAAGGGGGAGAAUCGGAACAAAUAAGGGAUGAUUUUUGAGGGGAGGCAUAAGCUGAACAGAGAAGUGUGUCCACCUCUUUGCGAACAUGCAUGGCCUAUAAUUUUUUUACCACAAGCUAUACUUAAAGUGUAAAAUAUCAUGGCAUUGCAACCAGGGCCACCAUUUGUCACAUUUUCAUGACAGAAAUAUGUCCCGGAUUCACAUCCCAGGUAAACACAUGAAAUACCACUUUUGAUCUUGAAGUUGAACCCUACAUUGCCCCAGUAUAUCUCCAACCUAUUUGUUGUCAUGUAAAAACUAUGCAAGGGAAGUGCUGUUGGUCAUUACGGAGGUCUGGUAAACAAAGAAAAAAUCCAAUGCCUGUAACGGAAAUUCAAAUUUUCUCAACAACGCUUUAACGGGAAAGCGCAGCAAGAAGGCCUUCCUAUAAAUAUUCCAUGGUGUUUCAUUGUCUGAUGAAAAGUGUUUGAACUGAACUUUGAACAAUGGAACCUAUGGAGGAGGAAGAAGGCAUAUGUCUUAGAUGAUGACAUAUAGAAGUAAGAAAUAUUUACACAUCAUAUAAUGAAAUGAUAAGCCUUCUAUCUGUAAUACAGUAUCUAUGGUAUGUGCUCGUCCACAUAUCACAGUACUGAAAAAAGUGCCAAACUUUACAUUUAUGUGUACAAUAUGUAGAGAUUACAAUUAAAAUGUGACUGAUUUUGAGGUUUUUCUUGUUUGAAAAAAAAAUUACAGACACAAUUUUAAAAAAUGUCAGCGCUUUUCAAUAAGCUUCAUAGUGCUUUACAUUGCAUGGGAGUAACGCACCCCACCUGCUACCAUUGUGUACAGUAGCACACCAACCUGGGUGAUGCACAGCAUCCAUUUUAUGCCAGAAAAGCUCACCACACAUUGGCUCUCACAGUGAAAGAGGUGAAUGUCACAGGUAUCAAGUUCCCAUACAUGGAGUACUGGUAUUGUUACUGUAACAUUUUGGUUUUAGAUGAUACUUUAUUUAGUCACAUAAUUUCAACCAGUUGUCGUCCCUCAAGCCAAAUAACUUCUUUCUCCAUGGCAGAAAACUCUUAGCAACAUUUACUGUAACGUAUUUUCUUCCUAUAGACACUACUUGUAAUUGAUUUGCUCGAGUUCAGCAUCACAAUACGUAAAUAAAGAUUUGUAACAACUGC